AUGCAUUGGUUGAGGGGUGUUCCUGGGCGGCGGAGGGGAGCGUUGAGUGAUAGAUUCCUCAACAAUAGGGCCGGCGAAGGGGACGGCAAGGUCGACCUCCUCCAUGUGGAUAGUGCCAAUGAAAUGGAACGACGGUUGGACAAUGGCAGUGAAAAUCAUCCAAGAACAGACUCAACGGAGGUGGAGCAGAUGGACGAGCGAUGGAGCGGCGGGAAGGACCGGCGACUAUCGAGAAAGCCUCAGGAGUCGCCAGAGCGAUCUAGGUCUUCGGUUUCCUUGCGGAGGGGAGGGGCGUCUGGGCAGGUGGCCACGACUCCCUCUCAUUCUUCUGUUUCACAGCAGGCGGCGCAGGUACCUGUGUCCAGCCGGGGCGACAUAUCUUUGGGGCAGGAGGCCCUGGAGGUCCGUCUCGCGGGAGCCUCGUUGGUGGUGGGGUCGCCGGAGGUGCUAGGCAGGCGUCAGGGGCAGGUGGCCCCUGACCCUCUAGUACCGACGGCGGUCCUGCAGGUGGAGCGCACGGCUGCCACGGCGUCGGCUGGGGGGGUCGGACUAGGGCAGGAGGCCCUGGUGCCAACUCCGUCAGGCAUCUCCACAUCUCCUACGCGGUCCCCCUCUCCCAGACCUACUCCGGGAGCCGCUACUCGGGAGGAGGUGAUCGCGUUCGGAGGGAUCCGAGACCCUGCUUCCGAGGGGAGGCGGACGAGCUCUCGUCUCCAGGACCUUCCGGAGGUUGAUGAUUUGCAGCAGAGGUGCGCUAUGCGGGCGGCCAAGCUGCGUGAUGUGGAGAGCACAACAGGUUAUCUUCCGAGCAACGGCUCUUAUCCGUUCCUGGUCGCUACUCACUCCGACGGAGGCCAGGGAGCUUUUGGUUACUGCUGCUAUCCGAUGGGAGAUGGUAGCUCGGGAUAUAUUCAGCCGGUUUGGAUGGCGGUCGUGUAACAGGAUAGGCAAUUAGUUUACCUGUCUAUUUUGGAGCCAAACGGCUGUGAUGUAUAAGUGCUUUGGCUAGCUUGUGUAUCUAGCCUUCGGGCUCUGUGUGAGCCUUUUCUUA